AUGGACAUCUCCGAAGAGCAAUAUGAUUGGCUACUCACUUGGUACAAAAAGACUGCAGAGGAAGAACUUCUCGAGCCUUUAAAGGAAUCUCUCAAACUUACUUCUGCAAGUGUAACGAGCUCGGCGAAGAAUUCCAUGACCUCCCUUGCUCCGUUAAACAAGUCUCAUUCUCACGAAACCGAAAACUCGACUGACACGCAAUUCCAUAAAAUCGGCGACUGUACCGAUUAUAGAACAGUGAAGUUUGUCCUUGCCACAAACGAUGUAACCUAUGGAUAUUCUUUUCCUCGUGAAUACUCUUCGGCUUCAAUUACUCCCAUUUCCACCCAGCCUUCCCCCGCGUCUUACUCUCAGAAUCAACAGUUACCCCAGGACAGAUUUUUCACUCAGGCCGUUCCUUAUUCACCAUCGUUGUCGUAUCCUUCUCCGUCCCCUCGCUUACUCGCUCCGACCGCUCUGUACAGAACCCCUGAUUCCUUCUAUCAGGAGUCCAACGAAAACUCCUGCUCCACAAGUGCUCAGUCGUCCGUAAAUCCCAGUCAGUACACUACGGUCACUUAG